GGUUCUUCUGACUGGCAGUACUUAAAUCGACAUGUAAGCAAUGUUAGGAGUUUAGCGAACCAGAGUCUGGUCUGGAUUGAGCAAUAUUACGCAUAGGUUAAACCAACGUGUCUUUGACAGCACUUGGUGCUUCGUGGAUGUCCGGAGUGGUGGAAUCGGCUGCCAUCCUCACGCCCCCCUCCCCCUGCUGAACUGAGAGCCAGAGCACGAUAUAAGCGGAGAGGACCACCUGCAGUACCAAUGAAAUUGUGAGGAGCUGCUAGGCUGUCGUUUUCAAAAGAGAGGUUUUAACUGAUUUUGUGUGCCACCUUCGUUCCAGUGUGCGGCCGGACUCAUACAGUGUUCAGAAAUGGGCUGGCAAGAUAGCAGUUGGCUACUGACUUGUAUUUGUUUCUACUUUACCUUUGUAAGAGCUGUCAAUACUCAGAAGUCAGUACCUUGGGAAGUUCAACGAUAUGAUGGCUGGUACAAUAAUUUAAUCAACCACCACCGAGGAUCUGCAGGUGAUACACUUGUGCGUUUGCUACCUGCUAACUAUGCAGAUGGUGUGGGUGAGCCAUGGCUAGAGCCCGAGUUGCCGAACCCACGGAGUAUUAGCAAUGUGGCCAUGAAAGGGAAUUCUGGGCUACCAUCCACUGAAAACAGAACUGUAUUAUUUGUGAUUUUUGGUUACCAUGUUGUUGCUGAUGUUGUGGAUACAACAAAGCCUGGUUGUCCCAUUGACUUCUUGAACAUACGAAUUCCUAAAGAUGAUUCACAUUUUAAUGCUGGUAAGAGCAAGAAAGAAUACAUUGAUUAUGAACGUAGCCAGUGGCAUACGAAGACAGGAUGGAGCCCAAACAACCCUAGAGAACAGGUUAAUCAAGAAACAAGCUGGUUGGAUGGCAGCUCUAUUUAUGGCUCCUCCCAUUCAAGAUGUGAUGCUCUGAGAUCGUUUGCACAUGGGCAGUUUGCAUCCAGAGCAAAAGGGAGUAAUCCAGCACAAUCUCUUCCGGCAGAAAGCAAUGUUGGGAAUUUGAUGUGGUCUGCACCAGACCCUUCAACAGGAGACCAUAGCAUUAAUGGACUUUGCGUUUUAGGGAAUGACAGAGGAAAUGAAAAUCUUUUUAUAAUGGCCGAGGGAGUCAUUUGGUUUAGAUAUCACAAUUAUCUGGCUUCACAAUUUGAAAAUGAGUCUCUGGGUUUGACGGACGAAGAAUUGUUUCAAAAAGCCAGAAAGUGGGUUAUUGCUACCUUCCAGAAAAUUGCAUUCUAUGAUUGGCUUCCAGCAUUUCUUGGACAUGAUGUGCCACCAUAUGAUCGUUACCAAAGCUUUGUGGAUUCUGGUGUUUCACAUGAAUUUCAAGUUGCAGCAAUGAGCUCUCUUGCUACAAUGUUUCCACCUGGAGUAUACAUGAGGAACAGAACAUGUAAUUUCCGGGAUAUAGUCAAUAAAGAUGGCACAAAUACCUCUAAGGCCCUUCGCGUUUGCAAUAGCUACUGGAACCGUCAGAAUCAAAAUGUAGAGAAGCCAGAGGACAUUGAUGACCUUAUUUUUGGAAUGGCAUCACAGAUAGCUGAAAAAGAAGAUAACAUUGUAGUUGAAGACUUGCGAGACUAUAUGUAUGGAACAUUGAGAUUCUCUCGCAGUGACUUCCUUGCCACAAGUAUUCAACAGAGUCGGGACCAUGGACUUGCAACCUAUAAUACAGCAAGAGAAGCCUUCAGAUUAGCCCCAACUAAAAACUGGACAGAUAUCAAUCCUGAGCUUAGUAUUAAUAACAUGGAGCUUUUCCAGCAGUUAGCACAGCUUUACAGAAACGAUACAUCCAAACUGGAACUGCUUCCUGGAGGAAUGCUUGAAAACAAUGGGACUUUUGGGAAACUUUUUACUACCAUUAUCUUGGAACAGUUUGAACGUCUGAGAAAUGGAGAUCGUUUUUGGUUUGAAAACACGCAGAAUGGUUUAUUUACAGAGGAAGAGAUUAACAUAAUUCGGAAUAGAACAUUUCAUGAUGUAAUUGUGGCAGUCACUGAUGCCGAGGAGGAAGACAUCCAAAAAAAUGUCUUUUUCUGGAGAAAUGGUGAUCGUUGUGAGCAGCCCAAACAGCUAACAGAGAGCGACCUUGAGCCCUGCACACCCAUCUCGACCAUGAACUACUUUGAGGGCAGUUCAGCAGGCUUUGGCAUCAUCCUUGUGAUCCUUAUCCUUUUACCGAUAUUGUGCUAUAUUGCUGCAUACAUUGUUUCUCAUUACCACAAGAAAGACUUCAAGCAGCUUCAAAAGAAGCAGCAAGGUGCAACAAAAAAUGCAAAGGAUCUUAAAGGAAUCAGAGUUUCAGAAUGGCAAGGGCCCAAGGAGAAAACUCGGGACAUAUGCCUUCAACUUGUUGAUAAAAAGACAAUCAAAGUACUGGACAUCAGAAAUACUCUGAUACGCUCUAUUAACUUGGGAAGCCAUAGCAGCGUGAAAGUGGUUCAGUCCAACAACAAAGGACAAAAAGCUCUUUUACUUCACAUUCCAAAUGAAUAUGAUCUGGUAUUGUUUUUCCAAGAAGAGAACCUGCGGGAAGAUUUCAUAAGGCAGCUGAGAUCUUAUCUGGAUAGGAAUGACCUACCUCUGGAAACUUCUGAAAUGAGUGAGCAAGAUAUUUUAAAGAAUGCAGUUACAAAGCAAGAGAGAAGCCAGCUCUUGGAUACAUUCUUCAGACACCUGUUUUCACAGAUACUAGACAUUGACAGGUUAGAUGCUGGCGAUCUUGGUUUUGAAGCAUCAGUUAAAGCCAAGGAAGCCCUUACGUGUGAAUUGUCUCGAACAGAGUUUGCUGAUUUCCUUGGGCUGAAGGCAGACUCUCUGUUUGUUGAAUCCAUGUUUUCUCUGGCUGACAAAGAUGGCAAUGGAUAUGUUUCCUUUAAAGAGUUUCUUGACAUCUUGGUAGUUCUGAUGAAAGGCACACCUGAAGAAAAAUCUAAACUGGUGUUUAGGAUGUAUGACAUGGAAGGCAAAGGAUGCUUAUCAGUUCAGGAGUUCCAUAAUGUAAUGAGCUCUUUUGCAGAGGUCUCAAGUAAUACUAUCAAAGAAGCACAGACAAAAGAGGCUGUUGAGUCAGUACUGAAAGAAGCAGGGUAUCAAGACAAAUCUGAGUUAACAUGGGAAGAUUUUCAUUUCCUGCUUCAGGACCAAGAAAAGAACCUUUUCUUUUCAAACCUACCAAUUCCAGGCAAAGGUAAAAAGAAUGGAAAUAUACCCUUGAAACGUGGCUGUGACUCUUUUCUCAUCAACAGAAAGCAAUCUGGAGCUCUGUAUGCCACACCAUCUGUGUAUACUGAAGCUAGAAGACAGAAGUAUGAAAGAAGCAAAGUAAAACAGAAGAUUCAGCAGUUCAAACGCUUCAUUGAGAAUUACCGGAGGCACAUUUUUUGUGCAGCAACUUUUUUUGCCAUCACAGCUGCUGUGUGCGUGGAAAGAGCCUACUAUUAUGGGUUCGAUGCAGAGGCUAGUGGGAUUCCUGAGACAACCAGAGUUGGGAUUAUUGUAUCGCGAAGUACAGCAGCUGGAGUUUCAUUCAUGUACUCCUACAUUUUGCUCACUAUGUGUCGAAACCUCAUCACUUUCCUGCGAGAAACAUUCUUGAAUCAGUAUAUUCCAUUCGAUGCUGCUGUUGACUUCCAUCGCUUAAUUGCAAUGGUGGCCGUCAUCUUGUCAGUUAUACAUACCCUGGGCCAUGUUAUUAAUGUCUACAUCUUCUGCAACAGUCCAAUAAGUAUCCUUUCCUGUAUGUUCCCCUAUGUAUUUAUUAACAAUGGGUCUGAAGAGCCUCACCCCUACUACUGGUGGUUUUUCCAGUCAAUCCCAGGGAUGACAGGUGUUUUGCUUCUCAUUGUAUUAGCUAUAAUGCAUGUCUUUGCUUUCCACCAUUUCCGAAGAAGCAGCUUCCGGGCAUUUUGGGUGACCCAUCACCUUUAUGUUGUCCUCUAUGUGUUGGUUAUUAUACAUGGAAGUUCUGGUAUUGUACAGACCCCAAGGUUCUUCAUCUAUUUUAUUGCCCCUGCAUUGCUCUACUUGGGAGACAAGCUGUAUAGUUUAAGACUCAAAAAGGUUGAAAUUGCAGUUGUCAGAGCCGAACUGCUUCCCUCAGGAGUUACUAUGCUGGUAUUCAAGAAACCACAUGACUUUGAUUACAAGUCUGGACAGUGGGUGAGGAUAGCCUGUUUGUCUUUGGGAACAAAUGAAUAUCAUCCAUUCACCUUGACCUCUGCUCCUCAUGAAGAUAACCUCAGUCUUCACAUCCGUGCAGUGGGCCCCUGGACAACAAGGUUACGUGAACUGUAUUCUCCAGAAAGUAUUACAGAGCUUGGUUGCCUUCCAAAGCUGCAUCUGGAUGGGCCAUUUGGAGAAGGACACCAAGAAUGGAACAAGUAUGAAGUAUCGGUUUUGGUAGGAGGCGGGAUUGGAGUGACACCAUUUGCUUCGAUCCUCAAAGAUCUUGUUGCCAAGUCCUCCAUUAAUAGCAAGAUUCAAUGUAAAAAGGUAUAUUUUAUUUGGGUGACACGGACACAACGACAGUUUGAGUGGUUGACUGACAUCAUCCGGGAGGUUGAGGAAAAUGACAAAAAUGACCUGGUGUCAGUGCAUAUCUACAUCACACAGCUAGCGGAGAAAUUUGACCUGAGGACUACUAUGCUAUACAUUUGUGAACGCCAUUUUCAGAAAGAGUCAAAUCGUAGCUUGUUCACAGGCCUGCGCUCUAUUACCCACUUUGGUCGCCCUCCAUUUGUGGCAUUUUUUAACUCACUGCAAGAAGUCCAUCCAAUGGUUAACAAAAUUGGUGUUUUCAGCUGUGGACCACCAGGUCUGACCAAGAAUGUAGAGAAGGCCUGCAGACAUUUGAAUAAACGUGAUGAAACUCACUUUAUUCACCACUAUGAGAAUUUCUAAUGUCGAGGACUCACUUCUCCUGCCUAUGUCAGACUUUGCUUCAUUUCAUCUAAACAAAGCAUUAUUCUGAAGCAAGAGAACAUUUAAGAAUUUCAUCAUAUUGGUGAGCUUCUGCUGGAAAAAUCACGUACAUUAUACCUAUGAAAAUGAAAUUGAAAGCAGCCUUUUAUAUUCCAGGAUAAUGUCAAAUGCUUGUAUAAAGUCCUUCUGAUGCGUGCAUCCAAGUGUUGCCGUGAAUGGCUUUGUUUGUAUGUGAUACUGACCUAAGUAAAGCAACUCCUCUUCUGAAAGAUGCUAAUAAUGAAUGUGUUAAAAUAUGUUACAGUUUAAUGUUCUUUUUAUUGAAGAGUCUUGAUUUGUCCAAAUAGCAAUAACAUAUUAAAAUACUUUGGUUGAAGUUAUUGAGCAAUAUCAGUUUUUAAUUAAUUUAAACCAAAUCUGAUUGAAAGUCUGUAACACUACUACAGUUCUAAAAGUCAUAUUGUACUUUUCCAGCAAUGAACAACAUAACAAAGAAACAGUAUUCAUUAAUAAUGUGGGUCUUUUUCUGUAAUUGUGUUCAUUGAUGUAUUCUCGAUGUAGGCCCAUUUUUAGGUUUUGAAUAGUUCAAUGAAAAAAAGAUCAUAAGACCAUCAGCUGAGGAGCUAAGCAAGAAAGAACAACAUAACAGCAAAACAGUGUGCGUGUGUGUGUGUGUGUGUGUGUGUGUGUGUGUGUGUGUGUGUGUGUGUGUGUGGGGGGUCAUGAGUAUGUCAUCCUUCACAUGAGGCAUUAAACCGAGAUCCAGUCUGUUUGAUUUGGUAGUAGCUAAGGUGGUUUUAAAAGAUCCUACUGUACUUAUCGAAAAGAGUAGGGGAAGAACCCCAGUGCUUUGACCAAAUUCCGUAUAAGUAUCACCUUGGGUCUCCCCUGAAAAAAGGAUACUAGCCUAGUUGGACGAACCCAGUCAACAAAGUCUAACUAAAUAAAUAAAGUGAGCACUUUACUAGAAAAAACAAAAAUAGAAGAUUAAAUUUGAUUUGUCUAUUGUUCUAGAUGAAUCCGAUUAAAUAAGUCGCUGUAAAUUCACAGCUAUGGAUGUAGAUAAGUCUUUAUGUCUGAGUUGCCACUAAAUAAAAGGAUUGUUGUG